AGUGGCUUUAACUCCACUUAUUUUUUUAAUAUUUAAGGUCUUUUUUCCAGUGUUUAAUCUUAUGACACUAAAUGUAAUGAAAGCACAUAGUGACUUGGAUUACAGGGCUCAGGCCUUGGCUUUUGUGCAACAUGGAGCAGCAAAAUCCCCUCAGCGAAGCCCUUUGUUAACCGGCCCUUGCAAUGAGGCCCCGCCCGCCGCCAUGGCUGUGCCCUCCCUCACUGCCACAGAGGCCGGGGCGGUUGCCUCCUUCCUUUCCCGCCCCGAAGUGGGUUGUUCUGUGUUUGUGGAGGCGGCCUCGGGGCCUCGGCUAUCGCGGUUUGUAAAGAAUGGAAGCGUACGAAGUAGUGAAAGUAUUGGGAGAGGGAUCCUUCGGGAGAGCUCUCCUUGUUCGGCACAAAGCCAGCGACCAGAAGUAUGCCAUGAAGGAGAUUAGGCUUCCUGUGUCCUCAUCUGGUGUAGAGAACUCUAGGAAGGAAGCUAUUCUUUUGGCUAAAAUGAAGCAUCCAAAUAUUGUUGCCUAUAAAGAAUCAUUUGAAGCUGAUGGACACCUGUAUAUAGUGAUGGAGUAUUGUGAUGAUGGAGAUCUAAUGCAAAAGAUUAAACACCAGAGAGGAAAGUUGUUCCCUGAAGACACGACACAGCGUUCUUUCUGCCAUGUUAAAAUAUAUAUACUUGUGUUUGAAAGAAUUCAGCCUUUUGUGGAAACUGGAAGCCACUGUGCUGGAGUUACUUAUGACUCUCAGGUGUUGGAAGUGCACUUCCUUUUUUUUCAGAUCCUUUGCUGGUUUGUGCAGAUGUGCCUGGGUGUGAAGCACAUUCACGAUAAGCGUGUAUUGCACAGAGAUAUCAAAUCUAAGAACGUCUUUCUCACUCAAAAUGGAAAAGUAAAACUGGGAGAUUUUGGAUCUGCACGACUUCUUGCACACCCAGUGUCAUAUGCCUGCACAUAUGUGGGAACUCCUUACUACGUACCUCCUGAAAUAUGGGAAAACAUGCCAUACAACAACAAAAGUGAUAUAUGGUCUCUGGGGUGCAUCCUGUAUGAGCUGUGCACUCUUAGACAUCCGUUUCAAGCCAAUAGCUGGAAACAUCUAAUCCUUAAGAUAUGCAAAGGAUCCUACAGUCCACUGCCAUCUCACUAUUCCUAUGAACUCCAUUACUUAAUAAAACAGAUUUUUAAGAGGAAUCCAAAGAAUCGUCCAUCAGCGACUACUAUUCUUGCAAGAGGUUGCUUAGCCAAACUUAUCGAAAAUGGUUUCCCUUCUGAGGUGACAGAAGAAUUCAAGCAAGAAUUAAAGGAAAUGAGGAAAUGCAAAGGCACUACAACAAGACCAAAAGGUAGCGUUGCAGCUGGUGGAGGCUCAAAGAAGGAAGAAAGUAAGCCAAGCAAAGGUGAAAGUAGCAGGUAUAGCAAGUUGAAAAGUGAGAAUACUACUAAAGGUUUGGAUGAAUGCGCAAGAGAACAAAGGAAAAGUGAUGAGGAGGCAGAAACUCUGGAAGCCCUCUCAGGAGUUACUGAUUUGACACAUCUCCACAGGAGACAAUGGGAGAAGAGAACAUUCAGUACCAUAGUGGAUGUCCUGGAAAAUGCUCCCUUGCUUUCUUCCAGUUUUACAUCUGAAGAGAAUAAAAAUGGCUCUGUUACAAACUACAGUGAAAAUAAGCCACGUAAGCAGUGGACUAAGGAAACUCCUCGGACCCUGAUGAACAUCCUCAGUAAUGCAGAUGUCAGCUUAGCGUUUAAAACAUACACAAUUUAUAAACCAGCUUCUGAAAAUAUAUUCAGAGGUCCACUUUGUGAUGAAACCGAAGCAUCUGAUGAACUAGAUGGGGAACAUGAAGAUAUUGACACGGAUUUGGAGAGACUCGAGCCUAGAUCUGAUGAAGACGAUACGGACUUUGAGGAAGAUGACCCAGACUGGGUGUCAGAACUGGAAACGGUAUUGAAACACGCUGACUGAAAACAUGGAGUUCUUCUACAGUAACGAAAGUCAGUCUUGCCACUAUCUGUAAUUCAGUUAUUAAAAGUUUAUUAAUAAAAUCACCUCGGUCACA